AGUUUUUGCUAGUCUGUAACCAUAAGUAAUGAAGUCGGGUUAAACCCGCAAUCCGAAUCUGAGCAUGUCGGCAAUUCAACUUUGAAGCAUCCGAAAGGAACUGGACGUGUUACUCAACUUCAACUCUUAGAUUCUUCUUCUCUCUGCCUUCUUCCUCCCUCUCUCUCACUCUGUCUAAAGAAGAUACUGAAUGGCGAUGCACUUGUGGUUUGUUUUAGCUCCAUUUCUCUUCCUAUCUGCUUGUGCUAAUCCCCAAGUGAAGGUAACUGAUAAUCCUGCGGAUGAGUUGGUGAGUGUGCUUAACAAGAACAGAACUGCACACAAAGGAACAGCCCUCUUUGACAAUCCAGGUCUUGGCUGUGUUGCUUUGCAGUAUAUAAAAGCAUACCAAGGUGACUGUGAUGCUGUUGGAGGGCCCAAUGCCAAGAAGCCUCUUGAUUCUGCAUUUGCUGAAACUUUUGCUCCCAACUGUGGUGUUGAGCUCUCAACCCUUUCACCCAUCACAGGGCGCCUGCUCGGCUGCCAAACCAAAUAUGUUCCUCCUCCCGAAGCAUUCUCGCAAAUUCUGAUGCAAAAUGAAAAGAGUUUACAGAUUUUGCAUGAUAAGAACCACACUGAAGUUGGUGCUGCUGUAAGUGGGAGUGAUGGUGGAUCUCCCUAUUUCUGGUGUGUGUUGUUCAGCAAUGGUAAACCUAAUAGUAGCUUUGCUGUGGAAGGAGGAGUGGCUAAGAUAAGCAGGCCCGGCUGCUUUAGUGGAGCCAAUGAUGAAUGCAGUAGUGCUCAUAGUUUGUCUCUGCCGUAUUAUCUCUGGGCAUAUAUUGCCGCAGCUUUAAUUCUUGUAGGAUACAAUUUCAGUUGAACUAUUUUUACUUCCCACUCAAAUUUUCUUUUGUUUUUCUUAUUGUCUUGGUCUCCAUAUCUUCCCUUCUCAUGUUAAAUGCAACAGUAAAUCAUUUGUGCCAUUGGUAGAUUGCUGUCAUGUUGAUGUCAGUAAAUCCAUAUCUUCCCUUCUCAUGUUAAAUGCAACAGUAAAUCAUUUUCUA